AUGUUAUUAAACAAUUGAAUUUUUUCAAAAUUGACAAUAAAUUGAUUCUACUGAUUUCUCAAGUACGUUUCUUUAUUGAGAUUCGAGCUUUGCCUUUGCAGCCUCGUGAUCAACAAUCAAGCCUCGAUUAUUUAAUUAAUAACUGAUAAGCCAUUACAACUUUAUAGUACACUAACUUGAUGGGUUAAUACAUUAUUAAAAUUCUAAGCUUAAGGAGUACGAAUUUCCAGCUCUAAAAAGUUCCAUGGGGAAGUCUACCAGAAUGAGCUUGGAAGUAUUUCUGAAGUUUAGAAAAGAGGGCAUUUGUAUUUCUAGUGGAAAAGAAAUCGAAAUACUUGCUGAUUUUGAGCAAGCAAAAUGGCAAUUUAGCUCCACUUUGAUGCAUGUUCUUGGAGAUUCUUUAUCUGGGUAUGUCUUAAUUAAGGUUGAAAACCUGAGAAAAAACAAAGGAAAUAACUGGAGUUUGGUUGGCUGAAAGCUUCGACAUUGAGCUUUAGGAAGGAUGAAAAGGCAGUGCUUUCCAAAAUGCAGAAUCGCCAGUAUAAUGGGUUGGCUUCAGAUUGUAUUGGGAGGGCUUGUAAUAGUAGUUAGUGUGUCAAAUUUUUUCAGGUUCUAUUCUGCUGGAUUUUUCUUGCAUAAUGAAGACAUAUGCAAACAUUUUUAUGCUGUGAUUCCUGAGAAUAAGGUUGUCGAUGAAGGGUUCGAUAUAAUAGCACUAUCGAAUCGAAUUGCUGAAGUGUUAAGCAAGAUGGACAGCUUACAAGAAAAGCUUGAGUUGGCAGUACUGCAAAUGGAGAAGAAGAAUGAGCUUUUAGACAAAACUACUAUUACAAGAUUGGAGCACAAGAAGUACUUGGAGCAGGAAGUGAUUAGGCCUCUUUACAGUGCUCAUAUUGCUCUUAGGCAGAUUCGUUUGCCUAAGCUUGAAGGACUUAGAAAUUCAACAAUGAAGGAAAAUCCUUUGAUCAACACUUUUGUCACUGAAGAGAUCAGGAAAUACAUAACCCCAAAAGAGAACAGAGUUGGAAAAAUCAAUAUAUAUGGGACUGAGAAGGUAUUAAAUACAAUUGGACAUUCAUGUGUUUUGAACAAGAAAGAGUUGGAGCAGUACAUGGAUUAUGACAUUGGAUCUUACUGCAAUGAUGACUGGAACUUAGCUCAGAAGCUGAUGCUCAGUGGUUGUGAUCCAUUGCCUCGGAGGAGGUGCUUGACUAGAGCCUCCAAGGUCUACCAGAAGCCAUACCCCAUCAAUGAGUCCCUUUGGAAAAUCCCAGAUGACAGAAACGUGAGGUGGGGAAAUUAUCAGUGCAGAAACUUUCAAUGCUUGUCAAGUAAAAAUCCCAAGAGGGGUUAUUCAAAAUGCACUGGAUGUUUUGAAAUGGAGAAAGAAAAGCUCAAAUGGAUGUCAAAUAGCUCAACCCCUAUUGAUAUCCUGAUCAGUGAUGUCUUGGCCAUUAAGCCUGGGGAGAUAAGGAUUGGUUUGGACUUUGGGGUUAGUACAGGGAGUUUUGCAGCAAGGAUGAGAGAAAAGAAUGUCACAAUUAUCACAACUGCUCUCAACCUUGGCGCUCCUUUCAAUGAGAUGAUUGCACUCAGAGGCUUGGUUCCUCUCUAUCUUACAUUAAACCAAAGGCUUCCUUUCUUUGACAACACCAUGGAUUUGAUUCAUACCUCUGGAUUUCUUGAUGGUUGGAUAGAUUUGCUGUUGAUGGAUUUCAUAUUGUUCGACUGGGAUCGGAUUCUGAGGCCUGGAGGAUUGUUGUGGAUUGAGCGGUUUUUCUGCAACAGAAAGGAUUUAGAUGAUUUCAUGUACAUGUUUCUGCAGUUUAGGUACAAAAAACACAAGUGGGCUAUUUCACCUAAGUCAAAGGAUGAAGUCUACUUUUCUGCAUUGCUGGAGAAACCACCAAGAGCUAUAUGAUCAUCAUUGACUAUCUUAUAUCCUUUUUCGUUCUGAUUUUUUUCCCCGAAAAAAGUUGUAGUUUACAAAAUAUUUUGUUAAGAACUAAACCAUAAUGGUAAGGUAUUACAAAUGGGAUAUUUCUACCAACUCCAAGGAUGAAGCCACCUUUAUGCAGUUUGCUAGAGAAACCUCUAAGAGCUAUAUUUGUUCUUCUUUCUCAUGUUGAUAUUAUAUAAUCAAUAUUCAUACUUUGUCAAGAAGAUCUGAUUCAUAAUGUCAAGGUAUCACAAAACACAGCUUCCCUUUUCUGUUUCUAGUUAUGUAACACUGCACUCUUUUAUCACCAUAUUGGUGUACUUUCAUUUUUUUGGUAACUGUGAUGGAAAUUUCUAUUAUGAUAGAUAUAGAACCUAUUUCUAUGCAUG